AUGUAUUGCAAAAUUUCCAGCCGCAUUACGUCUCUAUAUGAUGAGCCCUUUUUUUCAUUGCUGCAUCAGAAAUCGAAACCCAUUCGAAGGAAUCAAGAGACGGUAGCAAUUCUAGUCCUAGCCUUCACUCUGAGAUCAGUACUGGUUUUCCCUAGUUCAUCUGAAUAUGAUAGCCAAAGCACAGGAUCUGUCUGUGAUGGAGACCGGAACAUCAUACUAAAUCCAAGAUUUGACAAUGCCCUUUGUAACUGGGUUGGAAGAGGUUGCAUGAUUGCCUUGUAUGACUCUAUGGCAGAUGGGGAAGUCCUUCCAAUGUCUGGAAAGCACUUUGCAUCUACAGAAGAUCUCACAGAGCCCUGGAAUGGAAUUCAGCAGGAGAUAACGGGGAGAGUUCAAAGAAAGCUUGCUUAUGAGUUUGCUUCUGUAGUUCGAAUUUAUGGUUAUAACAUUACUAUUUCGGAUAUUACGGCUAAAGUGUGGGUUCAGGCACCAGAUCUACGUGAGCAUUAUAUAAAGAUUGCUAGUGUGAAGGCAACAGACGAAGAUUGGGUUCAAUUGCAAGGAAAAUUUCUUUUGAAUUGCUCCCCCGCAAGAGUAAUAAUUUGUCUAGUAGGCCCACCUCGUGGCACUGAUAUCCUCCUUGAUAAUCUAGUUGUAAAGCAUGCUCCAAAAGUACCUCCUUCAUUACCAACCAUCAUUGAGAAUCCAGCAUUGGGAGUUAAUAUUAUUGCUAACAGCAACCUUAGUAAUGACACCAGUGGUUGGUUUGCCCAUGGGAACUGUACUCUAACCAUUGGAAAUGGUACGCCAGUUAACCUUCCUCCCAUGGCUCGAGAUUCUCUUGGAAUUCAAAAACCCUUAAGUGGUCGCUAUGUUCUUGUAACCAAUCGUACCAAGACGUGGAUGGGCCCAGCUCAGAUGAUAACAGAUAAAUUGAAACUCUAUUUGACAUAUCAAGUGUCUGCAUGGGUUAGGAUUGGCUCAAGGGCAACUAGACCUCAAAAUAUUAGAGUUACUCUUAAGGUGGAUGACCUCCAAUGGGUAAAUUGUGGCAAAGUUGAGGUUACAGAUCAAAAAUGGCUGGAAAUUAGUGGAUCAUUUAGAAUUGAAAAGAAACCAGCCAAGGUACAGGCUUAUGUGCACGGUCCUGAUGCAGGUUUAGAUUUGUUGGUUGCUGGACUUCAUAUCUUUCCAGUUGACAGACAUGCAAGAUUUAGUCACUUAAAGCAACAAACUGAAAAGAUACGCAAACGUGAUCUAAUCUUAAAAUUUACAUCUGAUUCAUGGCCUCUGGUUGGCAACUCUGUGAAAAUUAGACAAACAGAAAAUAGCUUUCCAUUUGGAUCAUGUAUAAACACAAGAGAUGUAGACAAUGAAGACUUUGUUGAUUUCUUUUCCAAAAACUUCAACUGGGCUGUUUUUGGAAACGAGUUGAAGUGGGUUUGGAUGGAACCACGGAAGGGGGAACUGAAUUACAAAGAUGCUGAAGAGCUCUUGAACUUCUGUAUAAGCCGAAACAUUCAAGUCCGUGGUCACUGUAUCUUUGAGGAGGCGGAGUCUGCAGUUCAGUCAUGGGUACGUGGUUUAAAGGAGGAUAAAUAUGAACUGAUGUCAGCUGUAGAAAACCGUCUAUCAGAUCUUCUCACACGCUACAACGGUAAAUUGAAGCACUAUGAUGUGAAUAAUGAAAUGCUGCAUGGUUCAUUCUAUCAAGAUCACUUGGGAAAAGAUAUCAGGGCAAAUAUCUUCAAGAACGCUAAACAACUGGAUCCAUCUGCCAUCCUAUUUGUGAAUGAUUACCAUGUUGAGGAGGGUCGUACUUGUGACUCACGAUCAUCCCUGGACAAGUACAUUGAGCACAUUAUUGAUCUCCAAGAACAGGGAGCACCUGUCGGAGGAAUAGGCAUACAGGGGCAUAUGAACAGUCCAGUUGGACCAAUUGUCAGUUCUGCACAUGACAAGUUAAGGGAUUAG